GAGAGACACACUGCCAUAGAGAGAGGAGGAGGAUUUUUUUAAAUUAGAUUUUUGAGUUUUAGUUUUUAAAAUCCGGAGAAGCUAUUCUGCUGGAUUGGACAGUUUGAUUCCAGUGAAGGAGUUCCUGCGGGAUCGUCACACCCACUCCGUGAAGAAAACGCUCUGGAGAGGAGAGAAUGCUGCACAGGCAUUAAAAUAAAACAGCUGUUUGUUUGUUUCAGGGUUUUUUUCAUUGCCUAAAAGUACAAUUUUUUUAAUGAAUUGAAAAGAUUUUCAAAGGGAGAGAACAACCAGAGCUUUUGACAGAAACACGAGAGAGACGUGGAAACAUACGAGCGAGUCCAAAAGAAACAGCAAAGAACCUGUGAAGAGUUUAAACACCUGCAAGACACUCACAGAAACUCUGACACAGAGACACUGACACACUCAGAGACACUCGCAGAAACUCUGACACACAGAGACAUUCACAGAAACUCUGACACACUCGGAGACGCAGAGACACUGACAUACUCUGAGACGCAGAGACCCUGACACACUCAGACGCAGAGACACUGACACAGAGACGCAGAGACACUGACAUACUCUGAGACGCAGAGACCCUGACACACUCAGACGCAGAGACACUGACACACUCAGAGACUCAGAGACACUGACACACUCAGAGAUGCAGAGACACUGACACAGAGACGCAGAGACACUGACAUACUCUGAGACGCAGAGACACUGACACACUCAGAGACUCAGAGACACUGACACACUCAGAUGCAGAGACACUGACACACUCAGAGACACUGACACACUCAGGGACAUUCACAGAAACUCUGACACACUCGGAGACGCAGAGACCCUGACACACUCAGACGCAGAAACCCUGACACACUCAGAGACGCAGAGACACUGACACACUCAGAGACUCAGAGACACUGACACACUCAGAUACACAGACACACUCGGAGACAUUCACAGAAACUCUGACACACUCGGAGAUACUCGGAAGAGACACUGACAGACACACUCUGAGACACUGAUACAUUCAGAGACAUUCUGGGACACUGAGACACUGAUAGAUUCAGAGACACUGGUAUCAAUUAACUUUGAAAUGUAAUGCCAGCAUUGAAAUUCAUUGAAAACGUCUCAGAAAUAUAUAUUUUUAAAAGCAUGGGAACAUUCUGAGCAACUUUGAGAUCUUCUGAACAACUGUGGCAUUUUUAAACAACUUAAAAAACAACAACUCUGGAAUAUUCUGGGGAAGAAGAACGACUUGGAAAAAUAAAAGGGACUUUGAAAUCUUUGAAAGGGCGCUGAACUUGAUUCAGACGACCUUGAGACAUAAAAACAAAGCAUUGCAAUAUUCUGAAGAACUUGGAAAUAUUAUUUGAAAUUGUCAAAGCGACAUCAAAAUCCUUAAGGCAACGUUGAAAUCUUAAACAAACACUGAAAUAUUUGGAACAGCUUUGAACUACUAAACAAAACAAUCAUCGGAAUAUUUUAAAGAGAUUUGGAAUCUCCAAAACAACACUGGAGUAUUGUAAACAACACUGGAAUGUUCUAAACAACUUUGGAAUCUCGUGAAGCUGCACUCAGCAGUGAACUCAGUAACUCUACAUUGCAAUAAUCUUCCAGCAGCUUCUAACUCAUUUGUAAACGACAGCACAGCUGAUUGAAGCCUCUGUGCUCCUACAGUCAGCCUUCACUUUAACAACAAUCUGAACCAACCCACAAUGCACCUCUCCCUGACCCUGCUCCUGGGGGCGCUCCUUACUGCGGUGGCACCGGUUGCCGGGGCGACCACCGAUCAGCCUGCCAAUCACAGGCCCGGCUCCUUCCCCCCUCUCCUCAGGGGGUGGGGCCAGCUGUCACCCCAGAGAGCUCCGAAGCAGGCAGAGACUCAGGACGGGGCGCCCCAGAGGGGACAACCGCUGCCCCAGCGGAUGCCACCACCAAAAAACAACACCCUGGGGGCACUGGUGCCCCCGCCCCGCACUGCGCCCGCCCCGCGCAGGGGGGGGGACGUGUGCCGGGGGUACUACGACGUGAUGGGGCAGUACGACCAGACCUUCAACUGCUCCACCAACACCUUCCUGUACUGCUGCGGAACCUGCCACUACCGCUUCUGCUGUGAGCAUCGCAGCGACCGGCUGGACCAGGGUGCCUGCAACAACUACGACAGCCCAGAGUGGGCACACACCCCCCCACCCCACAGACCCCCGGCCCCGCCCGGGCGGCACCAACCGCCCGGGGGGCACCGCCCCGACCCCGACUUCAACGUGCACGACUUCAAGGGCCAGAGCAACAGCACGCUCUACAUCAUCGGGGGAGUCAUCCUCGCCACCCUCGCCGUGGCCGUCGGGGCCAAACUGGCUUUUCACAAAGCGUCCCGUAAUCCCAGAAACAGAGACAUCAAUGUACCCCGCGAGCCACCAGAGGAGGUCGAAGGAUUGAGAUUUAUAAUUGUCUUUGUUAUUUUGUUUUUUAUUUGUUUUUCAGUUGGAAAUCUUCAUCACAACUUCAUUCAUGUUUCAGGAUCGAGUCCGAAACACAGCGGCACCAUGUAGCGAUUGCCUCGUAUGAACAAUGCUCAGCUUGCCAGCUCCGGGACCCUCCUCUCCAGCAAACACAACAACACAGGGGGGGGAGGUGGGGGGGGCUUCGCCUCCUCCGUCCAUCCCUCCUUCUCUCACUCCUUCCACAACCUGGCUCAGCUCCCCCCUUCCUACGAGAGUGCCGUGAAACCGGAGAUCAACAGAUACUGCUCCCUAAAGAGACUGGAGAAGGAUCUUGAUGACUCCUCUGGUGAUUACACCUCGAAGCGUCGCAGUGGGAACUCGAAUGCCUCCCCCUCGUUCCACUCCUCUCAGCACCACCUGUAUUACGGGGGAGGGGGGGGAGGGGAUUACACGCUGGGGGGGCGCGGGACCCUCCCCCUGCACGCCAUGCGCCCGCGGCUCAGCAUGACCCCUAACCCCUACCCCGCCCCCCAGCCCGGGUACGAGCCGCUGGACUCCAAGCCCCCGCGCAGGGUGAUGUCACAGGACCAGCUGCUGGUGUUCGGAGAGGGGACCCAACUGAACCCCCUAAACAACCCGCUGAGCACACUGUCCAACAGGAGUGGUACUCUGGGUCACCACCAGAAGAACCAGCCCCUGCAGCCCCUCCAUCUCUACCAGCUGCAGCAGCAGCAGCAUCAGCAGCAGAAGCAGGAGCGUGCAGCCUCUGCUCAGUACCAGAAGCACUCUAACCCGGGUCCCUACCCGUCCCAGACCCUGGUGCGGCUGCGCUCCCCGGACCGGGGCACCCUUCCCCGGCUCAGCCCGGCUCAGAAGGCCCAGUCCCAGCAGAAUGUGUGCGCCACACCUUCGCUGGACCGACACCACAUGAUCAAGAUGAACUCGCACCCCACAGCCGGGCGGGAGCGUGGAUUUUUCCAAGGCCCGGGGGCGCGGGGCGGGGGCGCCCGCCCCCACCUGUGGGACCCCCGCCCUGGCACCCCUGAGGGACCCCCGGUGGGCCACGUGUGCGCACGCAGAAUGGCGUUCGCUGCCAAGAGACAGAACACCAUUGAACAGCUUCACUUCAUACCAGGGGGGGGCAACCAGGGAGGGGGCAACGGUGGGGGGCAGCAGCUGAGGACGGGGAGUAAGAACGAGGUGACUGUGUGAGAGAGAGGAGGGGAGGGAAGGGGAGAGAGGGACGAUCGGGAAGGUUUUUUCAGCCAUAUUUCAGUGCCAUAUUGAAGGUAGGCGAGAAGAGAGAGAUGGGAGGAGAGGUUAGGGUUAGGGAGAGGGGAGGAGGAGAGAUGUGUACAGUGUACAAAAGGAUCAGUUGUAAAACUUUUUAGUUAAAAGGCAGUAUUACAGAGAGGGGGGAGGAGGAGGACGGAGAGGUGAUUUUUCAGCCAUAAUUUAGUGCCAUAUUAAAGUAAAAGAAGGGCAGGAGAAAGGGAGCGAGGGAGGAGAAACAGCAAAGGAGGAGAGAGGGAGUGAGGGAGGAGAAACUGGAAGAGA